GCUGAGCGUGCGUCUGUCCACAUGCACGGACUGAGGGUCCACACCGGGAGCAGGAGCCGCUGCGGGAUUUAUCAUUCUGAGUGAUUACACUGGAUUUACCGAGCACCCAUCCAUCUGCUGUACCUGUUUUUGUUGUUGUUGUUGUUGUUUUCUUUUGUCGGAGCUGACAAAUAAGUUGGCACCAUGUCUUGGAACCCAGAUGAUGUGAGCAAGCUCACUGAAAGCACAUACAAGAAUGUGAUGGAGCAGUUCAACCCAGGCCUAAGGAACCUGGUCAACCUCGGGAAGAGCUAUGAGAAAUCAGUCACAGCGAUGACCCUUGCUGGGAAGGCCUACUUCGAUGCCGUGUCGAAGAUAGGGGAGAACGCUGCUGUGUCUCCCGUCUCCAGGGACCUCGGUGUGGUCCUGAUGGAGAUUGCAGAGGCCCAGAGGAAAGUCCAUCUGGAGCUGGAGGAGAAUUUCAAGAGGUUCCACACGGAGAUUAUCACCGAGCUGGAGAAGAAGACAGAGAUGGAUGUCAAGUAUAUGAAUGCCACUUUCAAGCGCUACCAGUCCGAGCACAAGCUGAAACAGGACUCCCUGGAGCGCUCCCAGACAGAUCUGAAGAAGCUGAGGAGGAAAAGCCAGGGAAAGCACUCCUCCAAAUACGAGAUCAAAGAGAACGAGUACCUGGAAACCAUCUCGUCACGCCAGAUGGACAUGCAGAAGUUCAUCUCCGACGGCUGCAGAGAGGCUCUGCUUGAGGAGAAGAGACGCUUCUGUUUCCUGGUGGACAAACACUGCAUGUUCUCCUAUCAGAUCACCGCCUUCCACGAGAAGGCGAGAGAGAUGCUGGCAGUGAAGCUCCCCAGCUGGCAGGAGAAGUGCAGCGACGCCACCAAGGUGCCAGACACGGUGAUGACCAUGAUCGAUGGGCUGCGUACCCCCAUGUCCAACACGCCUGAGCCGUCGCCGCUCGUCGAACGCUACAACAGGAACAACGUGGAGGCUGUGGUGCCUCCUCCAGCCCCUCAGCUGAAGGCCCAGAUCAGUCCGCUGGCCAACAUGUUCAACCCAGAGCCCCGGUCCCCGCUCACCUCCUCUUCAGAGCACAACUCAGACCAGAGCAGCAUCGGGGAGGGCAGCCUGUCCAGGUCGGUGUCCCAGUCGUCAGGUCUGAACCUGGGCAGGAAGCCCCGGGUCCGGACCAUCUUCCCCCACACGGCGGGCAACAACGACACACUGCUCAGCUUCGACGAUGGCGACAUCAUCACCCUGCUCAUCCAGGAGGAGAAGGACGGCUGGCUCUACGGUGAACUGGAGAAGACAAGACAGCGAGGCUGGUUUCCCUCGUCUUACUGCAGACCUUACACUGAGCCAGCGAUAUCAAACAGCAAUCUGGGCACACCGGUGCGCAGCCUGAGUGUUGCCAGUCUGCCGGAGCAGGAGGAGGAGGAGCCGGUGUUGCUGCCGCCCCCAGACUACAGUGACGACGCCCCCUCCAGCCCGAUGGUCCGCUCAGCGCCCUUGCCACACAACACGGUUUCCCUACUCAAUGGGACAGGAAAGGCUCCUUUUCUAGGAGGCGGGAACCCCUUUGCGACGGUGAAGCUGAAGCCGACUGUCACGAAUGACAGAUCGGCACCGAUCAUCUAACCCGCCAGAGCAGGAAGAUUUUCACCGUCAUCAUGCCUUCAGAGGAAUCACGCAACAUGGGACACCUGCACCACGCCGAAUGUCACCCUGAACCUGACGUCUCGCCAGCCUGCAUGCUCGUUUCGCCCAGCAGCAGCCCGCUCUGUCAAAGGAAUCCAUCGUGUUUUCAGAAGGCCAUGCUUUACCGUGCGAGUAUGUUCUGCACAUUUGCCACAGCAGACAGACUUUGUGUAAUCAAUACAUGAAGCAACAAAUCCAUCACAAUCUCCACUCAGUUUCCUGAAAAGCUUUGUAACUACCUAAGCAGAUAUGUUGUGGUAUGCACACAGUCUGUAUGCAUCUUAGAAGAGUAGUUCACCCCAAAAUGAAAAUCCACUCAUUAUUCACAAUUCCCACGUCAGUCAAAACUCCACUGAGGUUUGUAGCACUGUGAGACACACAGUGAGUUAGCUCUCUGCUUAGUGAAACUUCUAAAGUAAAAUAUAGGCCAUAAUGAAGUAAAUGUUGGACUUUGGGACUCACAGUACAAUCAUUUGGCUUCAGAAUAGUUGGAUUAUGCUGGCCGAGGUAUUUGAAGAAAUUUGAUUGACAUUUUUAUGCUUUUUUAUGUGGAGCUGCGAAAAGAAGGCCUGCUUAACUUCACAAAGAGAGAAGUGGAUGAUGAGAUAACUGAAUUCUCAUUUUGGAGAGAACUAUUGCUUCAACAGAAUGUCUUUUAGAGGAACUGUGUUUUUCCAACAGAUGCCACGACUUUGCCGCAAAGUCAGUUUAGGCUCAUCCGGCCCUGAUAACUUGACAAAACCCACUGAUCCAGACGAUAAGUGAGCGAUAUUGAUGCUGAAACACACCAGCACUCAGGCUGCCUUCCGGACUCAGCAGCAACUGGAUUGUUAUUUUUAUUUGUCUAUUUCUUUUUUUUUUGUAAUUAAAAAAAGGCGUUGUGAUAGUUUCAGUAGAAAUUGUGAGAAUGAAGGGAGAGUGACGUGUUAGGAAAAGGUUGUUUGAGUGGUGGUGUGCUUCAAGUGAAGGCAUUAUCUCUUAUAUGACCAGUUAAAAAUGAACAGGCUAUUUAUAUACAGAUAUAAGUACAUUUUGUAGAGAUAUUUAAAUAAGAUAUGUAUACAGAAGUCUAUUCUGUGAAAGUGCCCCUUUGUACCAUGAAAUAAUUGGCCAUAAGGCUCAAUCUGAGCCAUUGAAAGUGUCCCCUUUUGAUUUUAAUUUGCCAUUGACUGCUGGAAUGUAUCUUAAAUGGGUAGAUUGACCUAUUGAUGAAGGGAACAUUUUUUCACUCCUCAUGGUUUUACUGCUGUAAGUGUCGGGUCCCAGUAUUCCCUUAGCUUUCACUGUAAGCUGUAGGUCUUGUAUACAGUGCACCCUGUUUAUACAAAGUGAAAGUCCACCUGAACUGAUGGACAUCGCAUUGUAUUUGAAUAUGGUGGGUCGUUUUUUGAAAUAUACAAGGUAUCAAAUAUAUUGUGAGAAAAGGGAGUUUUUUUGCCUUAUAUUUACGGAUGAAAGCUUUACAGAAUCGUAUGAUGAGGAGCUGAUUGCCACCUGGAAUAGAACUGAAACAACGUGGUCAUCCUCCCUCAUAGACCCACUGAUGUGUGUAUCUGAACUGAUUUUACUGACAUAGUUAUUCCCACAUGCUCUUUUUAGUGUGUACCUUGCCACUGUGUUGACAAAUGUAGUCUUUUUAUUUCUCAAUAAAACACCAAAAAGUAAA